AUGAUGGGACGAGCAAGAACAACACCGCCUGGCCGAAGCGACACACCUUCCCACAAACGGGACUUCACCGAUAUGCAAAACACGGCAAUCGAUGAAGAACUUGCCAAGGACCGCUGGUACGCUCUGAAGCCAGAAGAAAUUACCAUCAUGGUCGGCGACAUGUGCGACAAACUUACAAUCCCAAUGGAGAAGUACGCUUCUAUCGACCAACAUUUCCAAGACUUCAUCCAUAGGGCAAAAGCUGCGAAGAAGCUACCUGAUAUCAAGCCGUUCAGUGUAGCGGUACUUGAGAGCAGGGCAUUGGAAAGAGCUCUCUUAUCAACGCUUCUUGAAUACAAGCCGGGAGCUAGCGACCACACCACACUGAGCGACCUUCUUGUUGAGUUCUUUACUACGAAAGAAAUCAAACACUGCAUCAAGGAACAAAUCGACCGUUGGGUUGAGUUCUACCCUGGUGUCAACAAGAAUCGCCAACCUCUCAAUGGCGAAGAUGAAAACGACCCAGAUGAAGACAAUGCUACUCAGGCAACAGAUAAGAAGACUUCCAAGGCAAUGUCGCGUGGAGCUAUUACUGCCAAGGAAUUUUUUCAAAUCAUUUUCGACGUUCAGAGAAACAAGGAAGCCAGCAACAAGCUUGAGAGGAUUCUCCAUCAUACGAAUAUCAAAGAAGGAGACUUUUUGGAUGGUUGCUGCCAACAAGUCGACAAUCGGUUCGCACAACUGGCCGUAGAGAUGCAGGAAGUAGACCUCGAGACUCGAAACGCGUACUUUAAGAAUAUCUCCGAUAGAAAACUCGGGAAAGAAACAAGCAAGAUCAAAGAGCUAUGGCCGUUCGUGAAAGUCGUUACCAUUUCAACCGGUCAUAUAUUGUUUCGCCAUGGUUUACGUCUUUUUGACUUGCCAGGUUAUGGGGAUAUGAGCCAGCUGCGUGAAGGGGUCAUCAACAGUUUUCGUUGGAAGGCUGACUUCGAAAUGGUGGUUGCGCCGUGUUCUCGACUGCAGACCAGUGUUCUGCACGACCAGUACAUUGAUCGAUCGAUUCACCUCAAAGGCGCCAACAAGACUAUACUCGUCAUGAAUAAGUCCGAUGAACUCAUCAAUGAAGACAACAUGGGUACACAAAUCCGACAGAUUCACGUACACCCAUUCCCAGCUCUGAACGCACGCAUGGAGGACAUUGACAAGCUUGACGAGGAAGGAAAUGCAGACCCCGCGGUCAUUUCCGAUUUGCUAGAUGAGUUACUGAGAGAAGCUACCAUCGCCUACAUAAAGCAUGAAACAGCAAACGUGCAGAGACAGAUGCAGCCUAAAGGAAUCAAAGUCUUCUCAGUUUCUGCGCUGGCUCACACUUCAUCUAGAAGUCAUAUUCAGAAAGACGGUCCUAUCCUUGACGACAAGACGGCAGACAUCUACGCCCUAAGACACUUCCUCGCUAAGUUGUCUGCAGCAACGAACUAUCAGAACUUCUACGAUCACGUGUACGAAUCAUUACCAUCAUUUCGAAGCCAAGCUGCAAGGGCCCUAGAAAAGCACAUCGAAGACAAGGGCUACGCUAAGAUGCGACGCGACCUUAAAGCUCAAAUUCAGCCACUUCGAAGCGAACUCAAGAACCUCAUUGGCAGUCCAUUGCAGUCGCUAGUGGGAAAGCCCUGGUCUAGCGAUGAGGAACAGAGUAUCAUCCAUGGCAUACAGCAACUGGUGCAGGACUCAUGGUGCCAUCCAUUGAUCUACCACUCGGGCUUUGCAAAGAUGCUUGCUGAAAAUGGCAAGCCGGUCAGCGGCAAGUAUCUAGGCUACAACAUGAACUACGAACUUCUCUGCACCAUGAAAGCGUUCAUUGACAAGUGGUACAACAACUUGGAUGCGAUGAUUGCAGGCUUUGCUCAGAGUCUGUUCAGAAUCGUUCUGAAACUGUUGGAAGAAACCCGAUCGGCUAUCAACCGGUCUUCUGCACAUGCAGCUUUAAAGCGAAGAGCUACUGAAGAGUUGACUCUUGUACAACGACGCAUCGAGGCGGCAUAUGGCACACUGCUCGCCAGUCUUCGCGUGUCUCUUGGAGAAACUCAUCUGCGAUUCACGACGGAGAUCGACAUCUACUGCCCUAUAGCAACGGCAAUGAAGGAAUGCUAUCUUCGAGCCUUGGAUCGGACCGUUGUCGGGUCGGGUUCAGGAGUCUACAACAGACAACGAAAUGAACUCCGCAACUCGAUCAUUAACCCUGGAACAUACCGCUAUGGUCCACCUGGCGAGGCUCUGCGUCCGCUUCUCAAGAAGAUCGAAGAAAAGAUCCAGACUCAGCAAAGAGAGGCAUGGAAGACUGGUUGUGAAUCGUUCGUGGCCAGCGUCGUGGAGCAAGUUGAGGGAUUCUCAAAUGCUGCUGAACAACUUCUUAUGAACUCCUCUUAUGUAACAGAAGAGCACAAGCAGGCUCGUGGCGAGCUGAGAAAGCUGCUUAGCGACUUCGAUAUCAGCCUUGAGGAUGUUCAAGGUCGCUUCGUUGAUAGUGAAGAGGAGCAUACUGAGAAGAAAAUUAAACGCGAGGAGAUGGAAGACGAGGUAACAGUGGGGACGCUACCUAUUCCUGAUCUGCCGACUGCUUCAGUCCCUAUCUUGCGGAAUGAGGGUUGGACUCAAUUCCGCGAGGUGUUUGGUGGCAUCUGGCCUGGCCGUUAA